AUGGCUUGUCCAUUGGAAUUACAAAGUGUUUCAGAGAGGGGAGAUACCCAUGAUGCCUCAGUUUCUCAUCUAUAUGUUCACUUGCAAACGGGGGAAUCAACACUUUUCUUGAAUGACAAGAAGCUUAGAAAGGGAGAGGAGCUGGGACCAGAACUAAAAAGGGCAACAGAAGGCUCUCACAUAUCUAUUGUUGUUUUAUCAGUGAACUAUGCAAAUUCUAGCUGGUGUCUUAACGAGCCGGUACAUAUCAUGGUAUGCCACAAAUCUUAUGGCCAGUUUGUUUUACCCGUAUUUUACGGUGUUGAACCAUCGGUUGUCCGUAAGGAGAGUGGUUUCCUUGGAGAAGCCUUGAAAGCUAGUGCAAGAAGUGUUGAAUUUUUUAAUCCAAAACGAAAGAAAGAAAAUCUCUUGUCCAAAUGGAAGACUGCACUCACUGAAGUUGCAAAUCUAAUCGGGUGGGAUUCCCACAGUAUCAGUGAAGGUAAACUAGUCAAGCAAAUUGUCGAGGACAUUUUGACAAAACUAGUUGUCUCGUUGUCUAUUACUGAAUUUCCGAUUGGAUUGGAUUGGAUUAUUGAUUAUCAAUCAAGCAAAGCCUGUAUGAUAGGGAUAUGGGGAAUGGGUGGAUCGGGCAAAACAACCACAGCCAAAGCUCUCUACAACUGAAUCCAUUUUAAAUUUGAGGGUAACAAGUUUCUUGAAAGUAUAAGAGAGAGUCGUGGAAAUGAUAAUAGAGGAAUUACUCAUUUACAAGAGCAGCUUCUUUCCGAUCUUCUCAAAAUAAAGCAGGAGAUUCAUAGCAUUGCGUCGGGGAUAACUAAGAUCGAGACAAGACUUUGGGGGCAAAAGGCCUUCAUCGUACUCGAUGAUGUGACCAAGUCAGAGCAAUUAAAAGCCCUCUGUGGAAAUCUUAUGUUGUUUGGUUCGGGAAGUGUAUUGAUUAUUACAACUAGAGAUGUACACUUUCUCAAUUCACUCAGUGCUGGCCAUGUCUUCACAACGACGGAAAUGGACGACAACCAGUCCCUUGAACUUUUCAGUGGGCAUGCUUUUCGACUACCAAGUCCUAGAGAUGAUUUUAGUAAACUCUCUAGAAAUGUAGUUGCUUAUUGCGGAGGAUUGCCACUGGCUCUUGAAGUCCUUGGAUCUUACUUAUCUGAGAGGACGAAACAAGAGUGGAGAAGUGCACUAUCAAAAUUAAAGAAAAUUCCCAACAGUCAAGUGCUACAGAAAUUGAGAAUCAGCUACGAUGGUUUAGAAGAUUAUAAGGAAAAAGAUAUAUGUUGUUUCUUCAUUGGAAAGAACAGAGCUGAUGUUACAAAGAUACUUAAUGGAUGCGGACUUCAUGCUGAUAUUGGAAUAGCUGUCCUCAUAGAGCACAGCCUCGUAAAAGUUGAAAAGAAUAAUAAGCUUCAAAUGCAUGAUUUGCUACGAGAUAUGGGAAGAGCAGUUGUUGGCGAAAGUUUAGAAAAAGAACCUGCAAAGCAUAGUCGAUUGUGGUUUCAUGAUGAUGUGCUGGAUGUUGUCAAACAAUACUGGAACAUAAACUGUUGAGGGAUUGCUUUUUAUGAGAUGAAAAAACUGAGGCUCUUAAAAUUUAAUGGUGUGGACCUCAAAGGAGAUUAUGGGUUAAUUUCCAAACAAUUGAGAUGGGUUAAUUGGCAACGAUCCAUCUUUAAAUUUAUACCCAAAGACUUUGAUCAGGGAAAUCUAGUUGUUUUUGAGUUAAAAUAUAGCAAUGUUAAACAAGUUUGGGCGGAAACCAAGGUACAAUAAUGUUUUCUUUUAAAACUCGAAGGAUGAUGACAAUAAGAUUUGAUGCCACCUUUUCAUUUCCAUUUUCUUCUCUUAGUUUUCUUUUAAAUAAAUAUUUUCUUGUAGUCGUUGGAGAAGCUAAAAGUUCUCAAUCUCAGUCAUUCUAAGCACUUGAAAAGCACCCCCGACUUUUUAAAAUUACUGAAUCUAGAAAAGCUUAUUAUGAAGGAUUGUCAAAGUUUGUCUGAGGUACACAAGUCCAUUGGGGAUCUCAAGAAGAUUCAUCUCAUAAAUUUGAAGAAUUGUACUAGUCUUGCCAGUCUCCCAAGAGAGAGCUAUCAAUUGAUAUCAGUGAAAACACUAAUUCUUUCUGGUUGUUCAAAGAUUGACAAAUUUGAAGAUGUUGUGCAAAUGGAAUCCUUGACAACUCUAAUUGCAGAAAAUAUUGGUGUUAAACAAGUUCCCUUUUCAUUAGUAAGAUUAAAAGCCAUUGGAUAUAUAUAUCUCUUUGUGGAUAUGAAUGAUUAUCAUGUGAUGUUUUUCCUUCAAUCAUUUGGUUUUGGAUUUCACCAACCAGAAAUUCACUACCCCUUCUUUCUCCAUUUGGAGGCUGUUCAUUGUCGGUAGUUUCGUUGGAUGUAGAGAGUAAUAUGGACUAUCAUUCACCAAUGCUUACCAUCCAUUUAAAACUUAGAUGUUUAUGGGUUCAAUGCCAUUCAGAGAUUCAAAUAACUCAAGAAUUACAAAAAUUCGUUGAUGGUGUAUAUGAUGUGAAUUUUACUGAGUUGAAAACAACAUCAGAUAGACAACAAAUCCAAAUCCUUCAUUGAGAUCACUUGUGGUUGGAAUGGGAAGUUCCCAAAUGGUCAUUGAUACUCUUGGGAAGAGCUUAUCACAGGUCCCUUCUCUAUCCUUUCACCUUUACUCAUAUUUGUUAUUAAUUAAGAGAACAUGGAAUGAUUUUCAUUAUUUCAUUAAAUGACAGUAUAAAUGUUAUCAGAAGUGAUAAGAAAUUUGUUGACGUAUUUAUUAGAUAAACUAAUAUACAUGCUAGAGGUCAGCAUGUAACAUUCUUGCUAGAACUGUCGGGAAUAAAGAUAAGGCAUUUUCUAAUAUUUUGAGUUUAAUUUGGCCUAACAUACUAUCAGUCGCCCCUCAAAGAAGCAAAUAAAAAUAGCAGUAAUGUACCGGACAGUAGAGCAUAUUUACGAAAAAAAAUCAUUUGUAUAGAAUGAUAUGAUCAUAGAAUUGAGAGAGAACUUGUAGACAAACAUAUAUAUGUUGCUUGUUUUCAUUCUAUUAGCUUCCUUGUAUAAUCUGUGCUAUUUGACACUAUAUAAAUGGCACAAAAUGUCAGUUUGCGUAGCAUAUAUGUUCACGAUACAGGUGUCGGCAUCCAAUUCUAGUGACUCUUUUCUUCGGGGUAACAAUUAUCCUUCUUGGUUAGCCUAUACAUGAGAAGGACCUUCUGUGCUUUUCAAAGUGCUUGAGUAUAACGAUUGCCGCGUGAAGGGGAUAACUUUAUGUAUUCUUUAUUUGUCAACCCCUGAAAACCUGGCAUCUGAAUGUCUCAGUAGCAUCUUGAUCAUAAAUUACACAAAAUUCACUAUACAAGUUUACAAGCUGAGAGACAGUAUUGUCAUUUAAUGAAGAAGAUUGGCAAGGUGUAGUAUCGAAUUUAGGAGUUGGUGACAAUGUGGAGAUUUUUGUAGCUACCAGACAUGGAUUGAUUGUUAAGGAGACGACUGUCUAUUAUCAUUAAUAACGACAUGGAAACAAGUCAUCAAUUACUGUGGAAGUCGAGCCAGCCAUCUACGAUGCAGAAAUCGAGCCAUUACAUGAAGUGUAAGGGCGACUAUCACCUAAUGUGAAAAUGGUGCCAUAACUUAUUGUAAAGAAUGAGCCAUUAUCGAAGACAAACAGAUAAAUCUUUUCAAGACUUGCAUGGAGAGUGGAAGAAUGUUUAUGCUUGAAACAGAUUAGAUAUCUCAACCGUUUUUGAUCAGGUAUUUUUCUAAUACAGAGUUCCCAUGUAUUUGUUAUGUAAUAUUUUAUGAGAAGAAGGAAGGAAAAAUCUUGUGUUUUAUAUACAAGGAUGAGAUCUAUGCAGUGUUGAUUGUUUCCAGUAAUGAAGUACAGAACUUUUAUUUAUAACCAUAAUAACAUGACACCAGAAUACAACACUCAGCACAUAAACAAAAUACAUAUAUCUAUCGCGUACUCAACAAGAUUACUUAACUAUAAAAUGUUACAGCAAAACACUCGCAUAACAGACAACAUUAUUUUAGAUAUAUAGAUAUAUAUCAAUAACAGGCAAGCUACUCAUGACUACGUAGAUAUAUAUAUCAAUAACACACAUGAUACUCAUGACUACAAUAUCACUGAUCAUGGAAGAAGACCACUUUCGGGUGUAGGAGCAUCAUUGCUAUAAGGUGCGAUAUUUGUGUGACCGUCAAAUGGACAAAACU